AUGUGUUUAACUCCCGACAAGAGUAAAACACCUGACUAUUCGGUCCAAUGGAAGCACAUGGAUAUCAGCAUGCUUUUCAACUUCAUAAGGCAGGAUGAAGCGGUGUUAAGGUACCAGGAUCAGCUGGAAUCGGAAAUACGUCGGAAUAGAGCAACCUACCGGCAGCUUAUCGACCAUUGUUCCGAUUUAGAAGGCAGACUCUGCGAAGUUGAGCAUAUGCGAACACGAUCAGAGUUGAAACUGAGUCAUGUCACAGAGGACAACAAGACUCUCCACCGUACCCUCGAGUUGGAACGUACAAAAAUACGGGAAAUGGCUUCACGUCUCGCAUCCCUUUCGUCGGUCAAUCAUGCCUUGCUGAGCGGAGAAAGCAAGGAUCUGGGCUCUGAUACCAAAUCUGUUGACACACAACAACUCCUGUUGGAGAAUGAGCAACAGCGUAUUAUGAUAUCUAACUUGCAUUCAAUCCUGGAAUCAAAGAAUGAUAUCAUAAAGAGCUUGCGCCAGGCAUUAUCUGAAGAAGUUAAUACCGGCAUUAAGGGUACCAUUGAACAACUUGAGGACUGUUCAGAGUCAAACAUGUCUUACUGGGGACAGAUAGAAGAAGUUUGA